UCGAGAAUAUUCAUUGUAUAACAAAUUGGAGUUAAUUUUUGUGUCGUUUGAAUUUGCCUAACUUUUGUAAACUUUGAUAAAUUAUCACGAUUCAAAUAUUAAAAAAAUAUUAUAGUGUUGUCACCCUAAAUCUUUAACUGUAUAUUUAUUUAUCAAUAUUACAGAGUCAAGUUACAUCAGCGUCUCGCUGUGAUUUAUAGCUAUUGUUUAUCAGUAAAAGGUACAGAACAUGGCUGAUUUUAAAAAAUCUGCAAAGAUUACCCACUCUUUGAAUGUACUAUCAUCAUUCAAUGAACUAAAACAAUCUGACUGCAUUUGUAACUUCACAAUCAAAGUUGGUGACAAAUCUUUCAAAGUCCAUCGAGACUUGCUUGCCGCAGUAUCAAAGUACUUCAAAGGCAUGUUUUCAAGCAACAUGGUUGAGGCUCGGAAUGGUUUUGUCGUUAUGAAAGACAUUUGUGCUGAUGCUGUAGGGCAGUGUGUAGAUUUCAUGUAUACUGGUGAAGCAAAUCCAUCCAUGGAAUCUGUUGAAAAUACUUUGUAUGCUUCCCACUUAAUGCAGCUUGAUGUAUUAUCAAGUAUAUGCUUUAAUUUCAUGGAAAAUGAUCUGUCAGUGCAGCAUUGCCUUCUAGUGGUUAGGUUGGCAAGGCUUUAUAAUCGUACAGAGCUACAAACCAUUGCUGAGCAAUUCAUUGUGGAUAAUUUUCAGUCUCUAAUUUUGGGUGAAGAUUUUUUACAUUUUAGCAAUGAAGAACUCAUAUUCUAUCUGCAAAAGUUGGAUAAAAAGCAUGAAGUAGUUUGGCAUGCUGUCAAAAGAUGGAUUUCAAACAAAGGUGAAAAGAUUGGAUUAGAAUUAAUGGAGACUUGUCAUUUUGGAGAGUUUCCUUAUAAAUUUUUGCUCACUGAUCUGCUAAAUGAUUCUUUGGUAGAAAGUUCUUCAGAAGCAAAAAGUUUUGUCAUCAAAAAAUUGCUUUUCAAUAUUGAUGGGUUGAAAGAGAAUUUGUCUCUCGACACUUUAUUCAUUUUAAGAAAGAUUAAUCUGUUCAAAAACAAAGUUUGCUCAGAGAAUGUGAGAAAUAUAAUCAAUGAAUUUAUGGCUCAAAAUUUUGAGCAGAUUGUACCGAUGGAUGAAUUUAUUGAGUUGGAAAAAAAUGAAAUUUUUUUCUUGUUCAAAUCUCAGGAAACAAAAUAUUUCCCAGAGAAAAUUAAAUGGGAAGCUGCACUGAAAUGGGCCAAACAAAGUCGUCGUCAUCAGAAAGUUUUUCCAGACUUGUUCGAGUUGAUGAAACUUGAGGAAUUUUCUGAUGAUUUUAUUAAACAAACAGUCAGGAAUGAACCUUUGGUUAAAGAGUCGCAUAAGUGUAAAGAUUUAUUGCUUGAUGCUUAUUCCAGAGCUCGGACUGGGAAACUCGGACUUGUCCCACAUAUUGCUGUCUCAACAAAGACUGGUAUAAAGGCUCUGAAUCUCCAAACAAAUCAAUGGUCUAGUUUGCAGUCAGAUUAUAAUGUUGGCAUUACCUUGUCAAUGGUCAGAGACGAUUGUAUGCUUCAGAUGGGAAUGAAUUGUCUUUGCUACAAGAUGAUCGAUGGAUUAAGAAGGCCAAGGUUGAAAGGAAGAGUACGAUAAGAUACGAUAAGAUGGUUUAUCUCAAGGGUGGGAUUUAUAUUAUCAGCUGUGAUGAGCAUACAGUGCGAUAUGACAUUGCCAAAAACAGAUGGGGUAAGAAUUUGCCUUCAUGUGGUCAUGGUGAUGGUUUUUGUGUUGCUGCCUCUGAUGAGUUCAUAUAUGCCAUGGGGGGUUUGUUAACAGGGAGAGAAGCAAAUAUAUAUGAUCCUGGAACAAAGAAAUGGUCUUCCUUGCCACAGAUGAUUUAUGGAACCCGAUGUGGUGCAGCAGUUGUUUUUCAAAGUAUGGUUUAUGUACUUGGCGGUUUAAAGUUCCCGAGCCUUUGCAGCCUUGUUCAAUGUUAUAACCCUGUUGUUCGCUCUUGGACAGAAAUUGCAAAAAUGAAGAUGAAUAGAGGUUUGUUCAGUGCAUGUGUUGUUGAUAAUAAAAUGUUUGCAGUCGGUGGUGCUCAAGGCCUGACUGAGGAUUCUAUUGAAACAUUCAAUGAAGAAACUGGUGAAUGGAAAAUAGUCUGUGAAAUGGAUCGGCCUGAGGUGGACUGGGUUUAUUGCUGUUGCUUUACUCAAUAAAUGAGUAAUCAGUGAUAAAAUUUGAUGAUGAAGUAUGCUUUAAAUGGGCUUGUAUAUACUGACUGUAUCAACUCACCUAUUGAAUCAUAUCAAUAAAAUACUCACAACAUGCCAAAACUUGACUCUAUCUUCACAGCCCAUGACCAAAGAAUGAAAUAUCUUUCUAAUCAAGAUUUGGUCUUUGUACUUACCGGUAUAUAUAUUUGUUUCAUUAUUUUAAAUGUUCUGAAUAUAAAUUCUACUCAAUCAUUGUUAAAGUCAGAUUUCAUGAAAAUUCUGAUUGCUUUAAAACAACUGAAUUUUUUUGUUUGUAAAAAUUGUGUGAUUGUUUGAUUUUUGACAUCGUUAUUCCAAGCAUCUAUAGUUUUUGUUCGAUUGUGCAAUUUUAAUCACCUUAAUGUUCCGAAUAUUUCAAUUCAAUUGGAUGAAUAUCUAAUGAAUAUGCACAUAUUAAUUAUUAAUUUCUCAGAGAUAUAAAUUAAAAUACCUAGGUUGCCAUUAAUCUGUCCACAAAGACAGAACUGGUUGAAGUCUUGUGUAUUGAAGAACAGUUGACAAUCCAGUGACGCAAACUCAAGUUUGUUUAAAACGAUUGCUCGGAACCCUAAUUCUGAAUAUGCGAGGGUUGCAUAUGAUGCACCUGGACAAUCUACAAUAAAUUUCAACUCACUCACCAGUUAAAUACAUAAGCCUAGUAAUCAACUUUUUCAACCCAUGUGAAGCCAUAGACAGUACACAAAUAUUGUGUAUGAACUUGUAGCAUUGAAGGUAUACUUCACAGCCUGCAUAUCCUGACUUGAAAAUGGUCAAUAUAUAAUGUUACCGAGUUAUGCAGAAUUCCUGUUGCACAGAAAGCUGUAAUUGUUCCCCCAGGAAAAGUAUUUCCUUCCUAGCCACCCUACCAUUAUACACCAACACCCACCGGGAGAGACAGGCUUCAUAAUCACGAUGUCUCAACAUGUCCUCCGAUCCACAAACCCAACUGCAAACCCUAAAGCAGGGGUGUGCAACCUUUAUUACAGGAAGGCCACAUACAAAUAACUGGACGAAACCGCGGUUGCACAUUUUUUUAACAUAGGCUUCCUAGUAGCUGCAGCACAAAUAUUUUGGUUAUCGACAUUAUGACACUGCACAAGCUAGCUGUUAGGACAUUGUAACCUCAUAUGCAUAGAUAAUAAAUUGGACUCAGGCAACGCAAAAGGAAUUAGAAUUACUCACACAUACCAUAUCAAACUAAAUUAAAAAAUUAUAUCAAGCGCCGCACAUCAUUCAAAGUUGGCACUUUACCGCGGGCCACACAAUUUUCCUUGUGAGCUGCACUUGGCACACUCCAGCCUAAAGCAACAACCUUGCAUUUUUUUAGUUUGAAACCGAGAUAUUUAUAGUUGCAUAAUAACUAGCUUUUAAUGGCCCAUCAGAUUUUGGUUUUAAUAUUCAGAGUUUUUAAUUUUCAUAUUUAUUUUUAAUUUACAGUAUCCGAAAUUAUAGAAAUAUACCUGGCGGUGUGCAAACAGACAAAAUAUUUUUUUGUGAUUUGUUACUUGUAUGAGAUUGUUAAAAUAGAUCGGUUGUGGGUAUUCCUGUAGUGUGUGUACCAGGUUAUGGCAUAACCAUUUUCCUUAUUCUAGUUAUAUUACGUGUUAGAGGACUGUGUGUGUUAGCCAAGUGGAUAUACCCCAUGCCCAUAGGUUUUAGGCCCUUUUUUUACAUAACUUGAUGUAACGUAGGCAUACCAAAUUAGAUAUCUCCAUACUGGUACACAUACUUCAGGAGUGCCCAUUUGUGUAUGUAAUAUUGUACAGCACUUUUGUGUGGUGGUCAUAAUCACUUCCUACCCAAUUUAUUAUAUCUUGGAUGAAUAUUAUUGCUCUGUAGUAGUCUUACUCUUUCUCUUUUAUAUAACUGGAUUUGUUAUUAUAGUAGCUUUCAAUCACUAUUUAUUAUAUUUAUUUAUGAGUUGCCAAUAAAAAACUUUGAACUUUUUGUAUGCAAUUCCAAAUGUUCAUUUUUUCUUGACAUAUUGUAGGGCUGUAUUGAAUAGGCUUCCAUAUUUAAGUUGUUAAGUCUUGGAGAAUUAACAUGUCAAACUCCUGACAACUAUCUACAAGCGGCCCUGUGAAGUUUGGAAAUUCGACUCGACAGUCCUGUUUCAUAUGUAUAGAUAUAUUGGCAUGCAUACUGCAAUUAGCUUUUAUUGCAAUCAUAUCGCUUUGUUAUGUCAUGUUUACCUUUAGAAGUUCCAUGAUCUAUUCUCUGCAAUUUUUUUCACUGACUUCAAUUAAAAAAGAUUCAUGAAAAAAAGUAAUUGUACAAAACCAAUAUGGCAUAUUGCUAUUUCAAAUGUUGUAGGGGAUUAGCGUGUGCUAAGAAACAUAUAAGAGGUAGUAGACUUGUUCCACUCUUGUUUUUGUAGACUUGUCUGAAAUAAUAUUGGGAAUUUUUAGUACUGUACACGAUCAAGCCGUAGCCAUAGGGACAACCCAGGAUAAGUAUAAAAGAAAUAAUUAUUUUAUGCAUCAAUGCUAGAUUGAACUGAAAUUACAACUUGUUUCGAGGGCCGCAUACCAUUCACAUUGGGAAUAUUUCCCCGGGCGGACCAUUUUUUUCUUGUGGGUCACACCCCUGCUAUAGAUGAAAAAUAACAAGCUCGCGAAAAAACUACGGACGUGUGCGACUGAAUU